AUGGACUGUAGAGUCCAUGGGGUGGCAAAAAGUCGGACACGACUGAGUGACUUUCACUUUCAGUGGAAUCAUCCCCUCCCCACUUGGCUGUUUGAAUCAGAGAUUAGGUAGAAGUGGGGAAGCCCUUGUACUGGAAGAUGAAGGAAUGGAAAUGUGAAUGCCAGCUCUGUUUGACUUUUGCGCUCUGGGCCUCACUUCUCUCAUCUGUAAAAUGGGAAAUACUACUUUCUACCUCCCUGUCUCCCAACGGAAAUGGAAAUUUCAAAAGUUGACAAGCAUCAAAGAAUUGUGUUCCACGUCAGCAUCCACACGAAUUGGAAAGUGGGAAUAAAGACUACCAGGAGCUCUCCUUUCGAAGGAGGGCUUAUCUUCAGCAGGAGAUAAAUGGGGUUGGGAAGCCAGUAUUAAGGAGUUGGGUGUCUGGAGACGCUUGAGCUGAAGCCCGAGGGGAAGUCGUUGUCCGCGGUGCUGAAGCACGUGAAAGGCGGAAGUGCACCACUGCUAUUCAGGUUUCCAAUGUUCCUUGUGCAGGCAGGAUUCCUUGGAUCGAACCUGGGGGUGUUCUUCGAUUUCAGCCAUCCAAGCCUAUCAGGCUGACAGGGAGGAGGGGGUGCUAAAAUCAUACCUCAGGGCAUCCUGGGUUGCCCCAGCCGCUUUCCUUACUCCCACCCCAGGCUCAAAACAAAUCUGAAAGAGACUUGAGGAGAAACCAGUCUGAGCCUCGCCCCGCAUUCAUCCCCUCCAGUCUUCCCAGCCUAUCAGUACCGUUUGGCAGUGCGAAGAGGUGAGAAAAGGCAGUAAUCAACAGUCGUUCUGUCAAGCUGGAAUCAAGGAAAGAACUGAAGAAGAUGGGAGAGUUGGGACCUGGCUGGCCAAGGCCUGAACUCGGUCCCGGUCUGAGAUCUUCAGAGUCGCUUCUGUCUGGCCAUAAAUACUGUUCCGAGAUUGGGGCGCCCCCGUGUGGUCUUAGUGAAACCUUGCUUUGCAGAGCUAAUUUCAGAUGGGGAUGUGGCCAGAUUUGAUUCCACGAAGUUCAGAGGUGACUCUCACCUCCUAAAUGUAGGAUUUUCAGCCAAAAAAUAUGGAAUCCCAGUCGGAGGAGUGGGAUCCCCGUAAGCUCUGUUAGAUGGUGUUAGUGGUUUUAGUGGGCCCUGGAAGGGUUUACUUUGGUUAUAACCAGAUAGGGGUGAGUCUAGGAAAGGGGUCAGGGCCAGGACUUCGAGUAGGGGGGCUUUUCCUCGAUGCAUUUAGCUGACAAUCAGCAUAUGAUGGGAGAGUGUGAACCCCCUGAACCAGGACAUAGCGACACAGAACAGUUCUGUGCCAGACAUUCAGAGUCAGAAGCCAGAGAUAGUAGGGGCACGUCCCUGCCGUCCCUCUGCCACCCCAAUACACUGGUCAUUUUCUCCUCUUCCCUCCUAUUCCCGCACCCAUUGGUCCAGGAAGUAUGAAAGUGUGGGGAGUUGCCAUGACAACUAAGUCCUCUAACCCUUCCCUUCUCUGUCAAAAAUGGGAAGAGGAGGGGGCGACGCGGCAAUAAAAGAUGUUUUCUCUCUCCGGAUCCUUUUUCAAAAACCAUGGGUGCUCCCUUCCCCACCGGAAAUUCAGAAAAUGUUCCCAGAGAAGGCUCUGAGGGAGAGUCCGUGCUGCCCGUUUCCCGUCUCUCCCCAGUGUGAGAACUUUGGGAGGGGGUGCUUCAGACCAUGGGGGCCAGGGCGAGUUCCCCUCUUAUGACCUGGAGAGGACAGGAAGCGGAACACGACUCUACUGCCUGAGACUCCGGUCCUUGUGGGUUCGGCCCUCCCGCGCCUCCCACACGGGGCCCACUCCUUGGGGGCGGAGAUCAGAACACCCGAGCUUUGAGGGCGGAGCUUGGCCACUGUGCUCUCGGCAGGACCAUGAACAGAUGCCCCCGCAGGUGCCGGAGCCCGUUGGGGCAGGCAGCGCGAUCCCUCUACCAGCUGGUGACUGGGUCACUGUCGCCAGACAGCGUGGAGGAUGAGUUUGAAUUGUCCACCGUGUGUCACCGGCCCGAGGGUCUGGAGCAGUUGCAGGAGCAAACCAAAUUCACGCGCAAGGAGCUGCAGGUCCUGUACCGGGGUUUCAAAAACGAAUGUCCCAGUGGAAUUGUCAAUGAGGAAAACUUCAAGCAGAUUUACUCCCAGUUCUUUCCUCAAGGAGACUCGAGCACAUACGCCACUUUUCUCUUCAAUGCCUUUGACACCAACCAUGAUGGCUCAGUCAGUUUUGAGGACUUUGUGGCUGGUUUGUCGGUGAUUCUUCGGGGAACCACAGAUGAUAGGCUGAACUGGGCCUUCAACCUGUAUGAUCUCAACAAGGAUGGCUGUAUUACCAAGGAGGAAAUGCUUGAUAUCAUGAAGUCCAUCUAUGACAUGAUGGGCAAGUACACGUAUCCUGCACUCCGGGAGGAGGCCCCAAGGGAGCACGUGGAGAGCUUUUUCCAGAAGAUGGACAGGAACAAGGAUGGCGUGGUGACUAUUGAGGAAUUCAUUGAGUCUUGUCAAAAGGUACAGGCCCCUGCCCUCUACAUUUCCCUGAUCUGGACUGAGGGCCUGAUACAAUGAUGUAGGAGAAAGCUCCUUUGGGCAAAGUACCAUCUCCCUAACUACCACCAAUUCUGAAUCCUUUUCCUUCAUAACUUGAGGAGGCCUAUCUCUUCCCCACCUCUCUGAUUGUCUCCUUCUUCACUGCCUGUCUCUGUCUCUGAACGUCCCUAUUUCUGAAUCAGUGUUCUUCUCCCUUUCUCUGAUUAGCUCUUUUUCUUUCUUUCUCUCCAAUCUGCCUCUCCCACCAUGGCUACAGGACGAGAACAUCAUGAGGUCCAUGCAACUCUUUGACAAUGUCAUCUAGCUCCCCAGGAGCGGGGGUCAGUUGCCCUGGGGGGAUCAUACUCUAGCCCUAGUCCAGGUGGACCUCACCCUCCUCUUCCCAGGUCUGUCCUCAUCCUAGCUCUACCCUGGGGGCUAUAGGAACCCAAGAGCCUGGGGAUUUGGUGGUCCAUACUGCUGGAGCUGAGAGGGGUAGGGAGUGGGCAGAGUGUAUCUGUGGGGGUGUUCUCAACUCCCAACAGCUCCCCCUUCCUGCCUGAAACUCAGUGCUGAGGUUGCCCUGUUAUGGGAAUUGAGUGGUCCUUCCCCUCCCACCCCACAACUGAGAAACCACAACACUAGGCAAAAUGUCUCCUGCUAUGGUGCUUCCCCUAUCUCUGAUCUCAUAAACAUUUCCCCUAAGAUUCCCUUAUAAAAUAGCUGUUCUGUCCUUGCCACUGACUGGCCUUGUAGGCCAGGGCCUUUGACAGUGCUGUAGGAGGGGGUCAAGAAUGUGGAGGGAGUAACCUUGGGCCUAAGCCAGUGGGUAGGCCCUAGGAGGCAACUGCCGUAGAGAGCAGAAAGGCCUGGGGAUUGUCAGUGACAGCAUACCAGGCUAUCACUUUGAGCUCUACAGUUCUGCCACCCCAAGCCAUCAGAAUAUGUGUUUCCAGGCUCUUCAGAAAACCUUGGAAAUAUCCCCAGGAAAUGUCCAUAUACUCCUCAGUAUCCCAGGAGAACUUGGGAUCCAGGUUUUGGCAAAUCCCUGGAAUUUCUUCCUCUCCUUCCUUCCUGUUUGGGUAGUGGCGGUGGCAGCAGGGGGAAGAUGGGUGGGAGCCGUCCUGACUGAUACCUCCCAAAGUUUCAGCCUACCUUCUCUGAUGACUACAACUUAAGUUUUCAUUUGCCAUUUCCUCUAGACCUGGAGGCAUGGAGUAAGUCAGGGACCACCCUGUGGAUGCCUUAGGAGAAAAAGGAAGGAAGGAGGCAGACAUAGCAUUUGAACCCAGUGUGGGGGCAUUUUUGAGAAUUUUUGAUAUACCCAGGCUCUAUUCCUGCCUCCCCACAUAGCCUCCUCGUAGCCUACUCAGUUUCCUCUUGCUCUAGUCAAUCUACCCAGAGAUGCCCCUGAGCACACCUUGAAGGCAGGGACCAUAGGAUCCAGGUCCCACCUCACUGUCAGCAGCCCUGCCACACUGCUACCAUUUAAUAUAUCUGCUUGUCCCAUUUAGCUCACUUUCCCAGUCAGCUGUGAAUUGAGGCAGAGGGCCCCCAAGGAGCCCCCUUCCCCCUAAGAACACUGUUGACUACUUUGCAUUUUUCGUUCCUCUGUAAUUUUUGUAAAAUAAGAAAUCACCAGAUCCAAUAAAACACAAUGGCUAUGCACAG